UUUGUGCUUAACAUCUUUGGCGGUCUCCUUGUGGGCUUUACAUUCUUCCAGGCAAAUGAUUCUUUGCAGGGCACCCAAAACAAGCUGUUCUCAAUCUUCCUCGCUCUUGUGCUUUGUGUUCCCCUCACCCAUCAGAUCAUGGCCGUCUACAUUGACAUUCGCACAGUGUACAAGAUA